AUGCCAUUGUUACUUGCUGCAGGUGCUGCUGGUUUAGCUGCCUAUGCAAUAGCUAAACAUAAGGAACGUCGUAAAUCAGAAGAUGAAUUUAUAGCACAUGACCAUCAUGAACAUGUUCCACUGCAUUAUGGUAAUUUGUAUAAUGGUAAUGCAAUUCCAUAUUACCAACCUCCAUUUUAUUACAAUUAUCACAGUGGUUUUUACUAUAAUAGAUGA